AUUGCUAAGUCAAAGACAAUGGCGUCCAGAGCCCAAGAGAAUGAAUCUACCAGCGAGAUCGUCACGGCCUCGGCCAACACUCCCUUCGACUCCUUGACGAAACUACCGGGAGACCUCGUACCGACCGGCAUGCAAGUCAGCAAGUUCACGGGGCACUAUGUCCAUGUCAGUAGCGUCCCCAAAUGGUUUGAUUGGUACGGCUUCGCCGCUGCUGUCACCAGCUACAGAGGAGACGACCUAGUCUCGGUACCCAUCGAUACUGGUCGACGUGCGCUGCCUGGGAUCACCCUCAAGACCGACGUUGUUCCCAACAGUGACGUCGUCGAGAUCUCCAGCGAUACUUCCCCGGGGGACAAUCAGGCGCUCCAAGCCCGGAGAGUUAUCGUUUUCGAGAUAAUCCUUGACUGGAUGAUCCAUAUCUUACACGACGUCCUCGGUGUCGCUGCAGACGUCAGCGAGCUGCGCGCGAACGUAUAUACCACAUUCACCAACCUGCAAUGGGCCCACUCUAGCGGCUUCGCCGACUUCUCCUCCUCGAGCUCGGGCUCCAACUCAUCAUGGGAGUACAGGACGGUGUACGCCUAUCGGCAGCCGGGGGAGACGAACACGUUUCUCAGUAUGGUCACCACGAUCAAGUUGGAGGCGGACAUUAGGUCCGAGUCGUCCUGGUGGGGCCUUACCAGUAGCACUACAGCGCGCUUCUGCGCUACCAUUAGGGCCGGACAGCUUCGGGCUACGAAAGGGUUCACCGACCCGAUACAGUGACCAGUGCAGAGAGGACAGACGAAGAGAGACGGGGUUACGGUUUUUCUUGGUAGAUGUACCCGUAGCGAGGUUGCUCCAAUGUACCCUAUUGCCUGGACAUAAGCGUAUUUUGAAUGGCGACAGCACUUUCGCAAGC